GAAGCAGGUCAAGCAAGUGAUGGUGGGCUCUUGGCCUUUUUAUUGUAAGGGUGGAUGACACUAUGGAACAGUUCACAGAACGGAAGAGGACACAGAGUGGAAGAGGACACGAAGAGUGGUAUUGGAGAGAUGGAAAAGACAAUGGUUACUGGUGGGCCUGCAAGUGGCAAGCUGCUCCUCCCUCCUCCCCUGAUCCUCCUCUAUAGGUUGAUCAUGUUUUUAGAGAGAAAAAGGCUCAAUCCUACAGACUCUUACUCAUAUGAACAAUCCCACUGAAGCCAAUGACAGUACUUGUUGAAGUUGGACUUCUGCAGCUUUCAAUGUGAAGUGUCAGAAAAGCAACAUCUGAAACUUGCUGGGACAAAGAAGACUCAUUUGUUACCUAUCACUAUUUGCUUUUACUAUUACGGAAAGAAGAGCCUCAAAGUGUUGUGAGCAAAGACGAGGAUUUCUCCUCCUAGCCUGGGCCUGUCAUGGAUGAAGAGACUCAGCACAGCCUUGAAUGCAUCCAGGCUAAUCAGAUCUUUCCCAGGAAGCAGCUGAUCCGAGAGGAUGAGAAUCUUCAGGUCCCUUUCCUUGAACUUCAUGGUGAGAGCACAGAGUAUGUGGGACGAGCAGAGGAUGCCAUUAUUGCACUUUCUAAUUACAGACUGCACAUCAAAUUCAAGGAGUCUGUUGUGAAUGUUCCAUUACAGCUUAUAGAAAGUGUUGAAUGCCGAGAUAUAUUUCAACUUCAUUUGACUUGCAAAGACUGCAAAGUUCUCAGGUGUCAGUUCUCUACCUUUGAGCAAUGUCAAGAGUGGCUUAAGCGACUGAACAAUGCCAUUCGCCCUCCUUCGAAGAUAGAGGACCUUUUUUCAUUUGCAUACCAUGCUUGGUGUAUGGAGGUGUAUGCCAGCGAAAAAGAACAGCAUGGGGAUUUGUGCCGGCCAGGGGAGCUUGUAACUUCGAGGUUUAAAAAUGAAGUUGAACGGAUGGGUUUUGAUAUGAACAAUGCCUGGAGGAUAUCCAAUAUCAAUGAGAAAUACAAGCUCUGUGGUAGCUACCCACAGGAGCUCAUAGUUCCCGCCUGGAUCACGGACAAGGAGCUGGAGAGUGUGGCAAGCUUUCGGUCCUGGAAGCGUAUCCCGGCUGUGGUUUACAGGCACCAGUGUAAUGGGGCAGUAAUUUCCCGUUGUGGACAGCCCGAAGUCAGCUGGUGGGGCUGGAGAAAUGCAGAUGACGAACACCUUGUCCAGUCAGUGGCCAAAGCAUGUGCCUCAGACGCUAGGUCCAAAAGCAGCAAAUUAAUGAAUGGAAACUGUUCCAGAGACUUCUCCAAUGGAGGGGACCUCUCUGAUGUGGAAUUUGAUUCCUCAAUUUCUAAUGCUUCAGGAGCAGAAAGUUUGGCCAUCCAGCCUCAGAAGCUUUUGAUCUUGGAUGCACGUUCUUAUGCAGCUGCUGUGGCUAACAGAGCCAAAGGUGGAGGCUGUGAGUGCCCAGAGUAUUAUCCAAAUUGUGAAGUGGUGUUCAUGGGGAUGGCAAACAUCCAUUCUAUCCGGAAGAGCUUUCAGUCGCUGCGCUUGCUCUGCACACAGAUGCCAGACCCAGGAAAUUGGUUAUCAGCACUGGAAAGUACCAAGUGGCUGCAGCACUUGUCUGUGCUUCUGAAAUCUGCACUAUUGGUAGUGCAUGCAGUAGACAGAGACCAGCGACCAGUCUUGGUGCACUGCUCGGAUGGCUGGGACCGAACCCCACAGAUAGUGGCGCUGUCCAAACUGCUGCUAGAUCCAUAUUACAGGACCAUAGAGGGUUUCCAGGUGCUAGUGGAGAUGGAAUGGCUGGAUUUUGGCCACAAGUUUGCAGAUCGCUGUGGCCAUGGUGAGAAUUCGGAUGACCUAAAUGAGCGCUGCCCAGUAUUUUUACAGUGGUUGGACUGCGUCCAUCAGCUCCAGAGGCAGUUCCCUUGCUCUUUCGAGUUUAACGAAGCAUUCCUUGUCAAAUUGGUGCAGCACACCUACUCUUGCCUCUUUGGUACAUUCCUGUGCAACAAUGCGAAGGAGAGAGGAGAAAAACAUACUCAGGAAAGGACAUGUUCUGUCUGGUCUCUGCUGCGGGCAGCAAACAAAGCCUUCAAAAACCUGCUUUACUCCUCCCAAUCAGAAACUGUGCUGUAUCCAGUGUGUCAUGUGCGUAAUUUAAUGCUCUGGAGUGCUGUUUACCUACCAUGUUCUUCCCCCUCCACCCCUGCUGAUGACACCUGUGCCCCUUACCCAGUUCCAGGCUCCAGCCCUGAAGAUCAGUCUCUGGGCAGGCUACCAAAGACAAGAUCGUUUGACAAUCUGACAACGGCCUGCGACAGCAACGUGCCUACAACUAACCGACGUAGUAGUGAUCCCAGCCUAAAUGAAAAGUGGCAAGAGCACCGUAGGUCCCUGGAGCUGAGCAGCCUUGGCAACCCAGGGGAUGAUCCAUUUGAUGGGGACAGCCUGAGCAAACAAGGCAGGGCUCUUGUUGGAGCAGAGCUUUCAGUUGCAGCUGGCGUGGCAGAGGGACAGAUGGAGAACAUUUUGCAGGAGGCCACCAAAGAGGAUGUUGGUCUGGAGGAGCUCUUGAGGGGUACCCUGGAGACAACAGGCAAAGAGGAUGAGGAGGAGGUUAUCCUGGGUAAGGAGAACAGAACUGAAAAUCUUGAUGGGUAUGUUGAUGGCCUCUAUGAAAAGACUGAGAUGGAUACAGAUACUUUAAUAAACAAUCCAGUGUCCAAUCCACAUCCAGUUUCACAAGGUUCUUCUGAGCUUAAAAGACAACAGGAGGAGCCUAUGGAUCUCAGUAACAGUAUCCAGAAGUUACUUCAGGUGAAAGGACUACAAACUGUCCCCUUGGAGAGUACUGUAAAUAGUGACAUUCAGAAGAAUGUGGAGGAAGGUGUUAGUAGACUUAAUAUAGAAGCAGAGAGCCCUCCAUUGCCCAUCACAAUCCAACAUGAGGCAAAAACAUCCAACAUGGAAAGUUCUACCGAAACCUUAACAGAGAAUGGAGCAAAGCAAGAGCUGAUUCAGAAAGGCCCUCGCCACGGACCUCAUCUGAUGGACAACAGUGCUGAAGAACUUUCUCAAACAACUGAAAACAGACCUGAGGGGGAAAACAUGAUAGAGCUACACAGACUGGGAACAAAAGUAAACAGGACUUCUAACAGCAGCAACACACACAGCUCAAUGCCUUCCCCUUGUGCCUUGCCUUUAACUGAAUGUAAAGAUGAGAUUGUGUGUAAUGGGGAGCUGGAGACUGAGAACAAGGUGACAGAGAAACCUGCAGGAUUUAGUAUUACCCAGAAAUACCCUGCAGCAAAUGGACACUGUGUGAAUGGAGAGGAUAGGAUCAAAGCCUCUCUGAGCUGGCAGGUCUCUACAGCUAGUUGUAGUUCUGCCCAGUUUCACUUGAGGAACUUGCACCAUAAGUGGGUGCAUGGCCAUUCUGGGAGGCAACAGACAGUUAGCAGCCCAGACCAACCCACCAGGAGCCACUUGGAUGAUGAUGGGAUGCCAGUCUACACUGAUGUUAUCCAGCAGCGCCUGCGUCAGAUUGAAACUGGGCAUCAGCAGGAAGUGGAGAUAUUGAAGAAGCAAGUGCAGGAGUUGAGGAGCCGGUUGGAGAGCCAGUACCUGAAUAGUUCACUACGUUUCAAUGGUGAUUAUGGGGAUGAAGUGACUUCAAUACCCGACUCGGAAAGCAAUCUGGAUCAGAACUGCUUGUCUCGCUGCAGCACAGAGAUUUUCUCUGAAGCCAGCUGGGAGCAGGUGGAUAAACAGGACACAGAGGUGACACGAUGGCUUCCAGACCACCUAGCUGCACACUGCUAUGGCUGUGACAGUACAUUCUGGCUUGCCAGCAGGAAGCACCACUGCAGGAAUUGUGGGAAUGUGUUUUGCUCCAGUUGCUGUAACCAGAAGGUGCCAGUUCCCAGUCAACAGCUCUUUGAACCCAGCAGAGUCUGCAAAUCUUGCUACAGCCGCUUGCAUCCCAGUAGUUCCAGCCUUGACCUUGAACUGGAUAAACCCAUCGCUGCCUCUUCAAAUUGA